AUGUCGCUGCGGACGCUCCAGGAACGCCUCGUGCAGCUGCAAGAGACGACUUCCCAAAUACGGACCCUGAUCGACCGACUGGGCAACCUGAAGCUGCAGCCGGGGUCUGUCCCUCUCGGGGACGAGUCCGACAGCCAUUACGACGACGGCAACGUGGUCGCUGAGCUGGGCGUCGAGAUCACCCAGGGCCUCCGUGACGCCGAGGAGGAAUUAGACCUCCUCCGCGAAGAGGUAGCGGACCUCAAGCCCGGUCGCGAUGGCAGUGAGGCCCAGAAGGACAGGAACCGCCUGCGCGAAUCGGCGGACAGGCUGGGUGCCGAACUCAAGCGAUGCCGAAUUUCUUUCCGCAAGGCGCAGCUCUCAGCACGUCAAGGUUUAGCGGCAGCCCAACGAGCCGAGCGGGCCAUGCUCGUCGCAUCAUAUGCCGCUCCGCCGCCUCCGAGCCGCUCCGACGCAUCGUCUCCAGCCCUGUACCAACAGGACGGACAGCAACAGCAGCAGCAGCCGCCGCCGCCGCCGCCACGACGACGACACCACCAGCAAAAAUCAACCGUCGGCAACGAUCCACAGGACCGAGUUGUCGGCGCCGCGCACAACGUAACAUCGUCCCUCCGCAGGACCCACGACCUGAUGGCUGCGGAGCUGGCGCGGUCGGCAUACGCUGCGCAGGCGCUGGCGGAGAGCACGGCGGCCAUGCGAGAGCUUGACCAGCGGUACUCUGGGCUCGACGGCAUGCUCGCGGCGUCGAGGGACUUGCUGGGCACGCUGCUCAGGUCGCAAAAGUCGGACACGUGGUACCUCCAGACGGCGCUCUACAUGCUGCUGGCCACGGCCGCCUGGCUCGUCUUCCGGAGGCUGCUCUACGGACCCAUGUGGUGGUUCGUCUGGCUCCCGCUGAGGCUGCUCGGCAUAGGCGUCGGUAGUGGCGCGUCCCUCGUCAGCAAGGGUCUGGGCGGCUCCGGAGCGAGCAUGGAGGUCGCGGGCACGGCUGGGAGUGCGACUGUGGUUGACAUGGGGGGCGCGGAAAGUGUGCCGACCGCUCGCGUGGGAGGGGUCGAAGAUGUUGGUCAGAAGGAAGGUUCAGAUCCGGGGUCGGAAUCUGAAAAGGUUGGUAAGAUUAUUGAUGAGGCCAAGGCCGACUCCGAGAGGGCUACCGACAAAAGUGUCAAAGGUCAAGACGUCCACGACGAGUCGGCAUCCGAUAUGAACCCCAAGAAGCGGAUGUGGGAGGAGCCAGAGGCGGCAGCAAAGCAGGCGGCCUCUUCUGCCGGCGAUGAGGAUAAGGCGGGCGAGAGGGUGAAGGAUGAAUUAUAG